GAAAUAUUAAACAAAGUUUUCAGAGAAAAACUAACUAGCUAGCAUUUACGGUGUCUGAAACAUUUAGUUGUUCUUUUUAUCAAAUCAUAGGUUGUUAUUUCCCAAACCUAGAGUAGUUAGGAUGUUAGGGGGAGGGGAAGGUUGAUAAUUUUUUUUACUUUAAUAGAGGUAAACUGACGCAGGGGGGGUUGACCUUUUUGCAGGAUAAAGACCAACCCCCCACUUCGUAAUGCCACAAAUAUAUAGCCAAGUUGAGAAGCAGUUCGGAAUGCGUAUGUAUUGUGUGUACGCUUUUACUUAUCCUUGACCUUGUUAUGUUUUUUUUUUAUAAAAAUUCUUUUAGAUGUUCACAUAAAAACAGAAAUGUCAUUUUUAUACGACUCAAUAGUGAUAUUUGGCUCAGAGCUCCUCUUCUUCUGCUUUGGAUGGGUAUUUUUCAUGCGCAAAUUAUUCAAGAACUAUGAAGUACGUCACAUGGUCGUACAGCUCGUUUUUGCCGUCACUUUUUCGCUAUCCUGCAUGAUGUUCGAACUGGUAAUCUUUGAAAUUUUGGGUUAUCUGCAGCCAAGCUCGCGUUUGUUCCAUUGGAAGUUGCUUAUUUACUGUAUGUUGCUAGUUCUGGUUUUCCUCAUUCCCUUUUACAUUGGCUACUUUCUGGUCAUGAAUUUACACUGGAUUCCCAAGGUGUUUCAGCGCAUCUUUGCAUUUGUGUACUGGUUUGGGUUUUUUUAUGUGUUUUGGAAAUUACGGAAUCCGUUUCCAAUUUUAAGUGCUAAGCACGGUAUAUUUUCCAUCGAACAAGGUAUCAGUAGGGUAGGGGUGAUUGGUGUCACCCUGAUGGCAAUUCUCUCUGGUUUUGGUGCUGUCAACUGUCCGUACACCUAUAUGUCAUACUUCAUGAGACACGUAACUGACGCCGACAUUGCGACUGUUGAACGACGACUGAUGCAGACAAUGGAAUUAAUCAUAGCCAAGAAGAAAAGAAUUGCCUUGUCGAGGCGAAGAAAUAUCGAAAGCCAGCAAAAAAAUCUGGCGAGGAGCUUGUGGAAUGUGUUCAGUGGCGCUAACUCCGACUACGAAAACACGAGUAUUUUGCAGAACGAAGUAUGCAGCUUGGAAGAGCUUAGUCGACAUUUAUACAUCGAAGUAGUGGAUUUACACAACACAAAACAGCGCAUGGUUUUCUCAAAGACUCUGCAAGGUCGAUAUUUUAAUUUCGUCGGACACAUUUUCUCCUUGUACUGUCUAUGGAAAAUUUUCAUCUCCUCCGUGAAUAUAAUAUUUGACCGCGUGGGUAAGAAGGACCCCGUCACACGUGGCAUCGAAAUUUGUGUGCAUUGGUUGGGCAUUCAAUUCGAUGUGCAAUUCUGGUCUCAACAAGUGUCCUUUUUCUUGGUCGGCAUAUUAAUCGUAACAUCUAUACGAGGUUUGCUGAUAACACUGACAAAAUUUUUUUACGCGCUUUCCAGCAACAAAUCGUCUAAUAUUAUCGUGCUUAUAUUGGCUGAAAUAAUGGGGAUGUACUUUGUGUCUUCAGUUCUCUUAAUGCGUAUGAACAUGCCGGCACAAUAUCGAGAAAUUAUUUCCAUUGUGCUCGGCGAUCUUCAGUUUCAUUUCUACCAUCGCUGGUUUGACGUUAUUUUUUUGUUGAGUGCAUUAGCCAGUAUCGCUUUUCUUUACGUUGCACAUAAACAAGCGCCAGAGAAGCAAAUACAUAACUAUAAUUCGUGACAGGAGUACGGGAGUAUUGACAGUUGUGGUGGCAACAAAUAAACAUAAAGAAAUAUUGAUACUACAAUUGAUUGCGUCAAUAGUUAGCCAGGAAUAUAAUAUAACUAUAUUAAAUAAAGUAUAACUUUAUUUUAGCAAAUGAAAUUCAAGAAUUUAAAUUUUUAAUAAAUUUUAUUUCGCCUAUUUUACGGCAAAUUCCUAAUCACACCAUUUUUUUCUCCGUAAAAAUUUCUGACAUUAAAGUAUUGAUAUAUUUAGCUUGAAGAAAUAUUUAAUUAAAUUUUUAUAAAGUGGUUUUUGAGACAGUGAAAUAUUUUUUUAGUUGGUAGAAUAAAACAUGUUGCAAUGUUUUCUGGUGUAAAUUAUUUCAGACGGCGUAACUUUAAAGCGUGCUGAAUAUUUACGCUUAAAAAUGGCACAGAAUAA